AUGGCCCUACGGCGGCCCCAGAUCCUCCGUGAGGCUAAUAUUACACACAUCGUGUCGGCGCUCGACUACCACUUCACCAGCGACUCUCCGAUGAUAAAAGGCUUUCAACACUUCCAGAUCCCCCUUGAUGAUGUUUACGACUCCAACAUUCUCGAAUACUUCCCCCAGAGCAAUGCUUUCAUUGACCAGGGCUUGAAGUAUUGGUCAAACAAUGAAAGCUCAGAGGCGGAUCUUGCUCCGCUGUCCGACGCAAAAUCUGACCAACCUCGUCAAAGCGGGGUGCUUGUGCAUUGUGCCAUGGGAAUCUCUCGCUCCGCAACAAUAGUUCUGGCUUACCUUCUCUGGCAUUCCCGGCAACCACAGACCGCCCAAACAACUUCUUCAGAGAUGGUUCCCUUGCCACCGACACCGCUCACCGUGGAUGCAGCUCUUGCCCUCCUCCGAGAGGGUCGGCCACGCGUCGAGCCCAAUGAAGGCUUCAUGAAGCAACUCCGCAUGUACGUUGAGAUGGGUUGCCCGACUACGAAAUCUGAGCUUGAGAAUCACAAAAUUUACCGCAGAUGGAUGAAUUCACGCAAUGUGAUGGAAGCUCUAUCCGUCAACCAGGCGCCGGAACUGGAUCACAUCACCUGGCGAGACGAAGAAGAUGAAGACGAAAUCGAUGGGUUUGAUGGUGAGGAUGACGAUACUGGGAGUCGCCGUCGCGAGGGCAAAGAAAUUGCAGCAGACCCAGAAAUCACAUAUCCUGACAUUACCACGUCAGAUCCAGCACCGGGCGCAAAGUCGAAAGCCGAUAUCGACAUCAAGUGUCGCAAGUGCCGCCGCCUGAUCGCCAAGUCCAAUUUCAUAAUCAACCACAGUCCUCCUCCACACCAGGAUCCAAGCAACGAAGGCUGCGCACAUAUCUUCCUGCACCCCUUGAGUUGGAUGAAGGGCACACUUGGGUCAGGCACAUUGGAUGGGAGAUUGACAUGCCCUAAUCCGAAAUGUGGGGCCAAUAUCGGCAAGUUUGCCUGGCAAGGCCUACGGUGUAGCUGUGGGGGAUGGGUUACGCCUGGGUUUGGGGUUGGUAAAGCCAAGGUCGAUGAAGUUCCUGCACAGAAACGAGGCCCCGGCAUUGCCUCUGGCAUUGGUCAACUGAAGCUUCAGCCUGGUGCAGCAGACCGACUUCAUCCGGCCGUUCGACUGCCUCCUGGUAUGAAGCGGGGGGUCAGCGGUAAUCUUUAGCCACGACCUUGUGCACGAGUCCUCAGGCUGCACACUGUCAUCGAUCGAGACUAAUGACG